UUCCGUGAUAGCGUCCACACGGGACCACCCUAGGACCCCACUGUUUUCCACAUAAACACUCACCUAUACAUACACCUAUGCUUACAGAAUUUAUUUAAUUUAUUAGCUCUUUGAUUUCCUUGGAGAUGGCUAAAGGGGUUUUCGAGGAUGAUCCAAGCAUGCUUACAAAAGCAGCAGAGUUGAAAAAGGAGUUGCAGAGGCUUGUGAAAGCUGUGGUUGAAGAAGAUGAUGAGGUGUUCAGUUUGGAAGCUAUUGAUCAGGCUAAUCAGAUGCUGUGUGCAUUGAAAGAGAUGAAAUUGAGAAGAUCUUUGAGUUUUAAUCUGGCCCAUCAAGAGAAUGAGAGUGGAAAUGAUGGGAAUGAGGGAAAGGAUGAGUCUUUGUGGGGUUUGCCUCAAGAAUUUAGGUGUCCAAUUUCGAAGAAGCUCAUGGGUGAUCCUGUUAUUGUGGCUACUGGACAGACGUAUGAUAGACCUUUUAUCCAAAAAUGGUUAAAAUCCGGUAAUAGGACAUGCCCUCAAACUCAACAAGUCCUUAGUCACACUAUUCUUACCCCGAACAACUUAAUUCGGGAUAUGAUAGUAAAAUGGUGCAAGAGCCGUGGUGUUCAGUUGCCAGACUCUAACCAAGACUCUGAUGAGGAUGGAUUAACGAAAUCAGAUCGAGAUCUUUUCAUCUCUUUGCUUGAGAAGUUGUCAUCAUCAUUGUCUGAUCAAAAGAAAGCUGCUAGGGAAUUGCGGUUGUUGACCAAGAGAACACCCUCAUUCCGUGCACUUUUUGGUGAAUCUGUUGAUGCAAUACCUCAAUUACUGAAUCCCCUGUCCCAAAACAAAUCGAAAAGUGAAAACCACCUUGAUCUUCAAGAAGACUUAAUUACCACAGUUUUGAAUCUUUCUAUCCAUGACAACAACAAGAAGAUAGUUGCAGAAACACCAAUGGUUAUCCCUCUCCUCUUGGAUGCUUUGAGAUCAGGAACAAUUGAAACAAGGAGCAAUGCAGCUGCAGCUCUUUUUACAUUAUCAGCACUUGACUCUAAUAAAGCGCUUAUUGGAAAAUCUGGUGCUCUUAAACCACUUAUCCAUCUUUUAGAAGAUGGCCACCCGCUAGCUAUGAAGGACGUUGCUUCAGCUAUCUUUAAUCUCUGUAUCCUUCAUGAAAAUAAGUUGAGGGCCGUCAGGGACGGUGCAGUGAGAGUGAUCCUUGAAAAACUCUUAAAUAGAGUACGUGUUGAUGAGUUAUUAGCCAUUCUUGCUAUGCUAUCAACUAAUCAAAGGGCUGUCGAGGAAAUAGGAGAACUUGAGGGCGUUUCAUGCCUGCUUAGUAUUAUUAGAGAGAAUUCAUGUCCUCGGAACACAGAAAACUGCGUAGCGAUACUUCAUACGAUAUGUUUCAGUGACAGGACCAAGUGGAGGGAAAUACGGGAGGAAGAAAAUAAACACAGUACAAUAUCUCAGGUUGCUCAAAAUGGCACCUCCAGGGCCAAGAGGAAGGCUAGUGGCAUUCUUGAGAGAAUAAAUAGAGCUAUGAAUAUCACACAUACUGCUUGAUAGUUACAUCAGUUUUGUCAACACCAACAUCUGUAAAUUGUACAUUGCACCGCUGUUGUUUGGAUCCGGGUAUCGUUCUCAGCUUAAAAUUUUGUAAAUUGUGUUUUCUUGAGUUCUUUCGAUUUCAGAUUGAUAAAGUCAUAGUCACUGUAAAUAAGUCCCAUGAAGAAUGGAAGCUUCAUCUAUAAGAUUGGUUGUCCUCUAUAAUAUAUUAUCCAAUAAUUCAUGCA